AAAGGAAAAAAAAUGUCUGAACAAGAUCAUGUUAUCCCUCUUCUUACUCCUUACAAGAUGGGGAACUUCAAUCUUUCACACAGAGUUGUUUUAGCACCACUGUAUAGAGCAAGAUCUUACAACAAUGUUCCUCAGCCCCAUGCUGCCUUAUAUUACUCUCAAAGAACAACCAAGGGAGGCCUUCUGAUAUGUGAAGCUGCUGCUAUUUCAGCCAAUUCUCAAACCAUUCGAAACGCACCUGGCAUAUGGUCAAGAGAGCAAGUCGAAGCAUGGAAACCAAUUGUGGAUGCUGUUCAUGCCAAAGGUGGUAUAUUCUUCUGUCAGAUUAUUCAUGUUGGAAGGGUUUCAGAUUCAGAUUUUCAUCCAAAUGGACAAGCUCUUAUAUCAUCAACAAACAAGCCACUCACAUCACAAAGUAAUGGCAUUGCACCAAGGCAGUUAAGGACAGAUGAAAUUCCUCAUAUUGUCAAUGAGUUCAGAAUUGCUGCAAGGAAUGCCAUGGAAGCUGGAUUUGAUGGUGUUGAGAUCCAUGGGGCGCAUGGUUUUCUAAUUGACCAAUUUAUGAAAGAUAAAGUUAAUGAUAGAACAGACAAAUACGGUGGAUCCCUUGAGAACCGUUGCCGCUUUGCAGAAGAAGUUGUUGAAGCUGUUGUUCAAGAAAUAGGUUCAGAAAGAGUUGGAAUAAGGUUAUCACCUUUUUCAGACUACAAUGAAUGUGUUGACUCCAAUCCUGAAGCAUUGGGUAUCUACAUGGCUGAAUCUCUGAACAAAUAUGGUGUUGUUUACUGUCACAUGGUUGAGCCGAGAUGGGAUAUUUCUGGAAAAAAUGUUGAAAGCCCUUAUAGUCUUGUACCAAUGAAAAAGGUCUUUAAGGGAACUUUCAUUGUUGCUGGAGGUUAUGAUAGAGAAGAAGGGAAUAAGGUUAUAGCUGAGAACAAAGCAAAUCUUGUUGCAUAUGGUCGUGUGUUCUUGGCUAAUCCAGAUUUGCCUAAGAGAUUUGAGCUUGAUGCACCACUCAACAAGUAUAACAGGGACACGUUCUACACUACUGAUCCAGUUAUAGGUUACACUGAUUACCCUUUUUUUGAAGGCAGUGCUUAA